CCCCUCUCUCACUUACACAUCCUUCCUAGCUUUUCGGGGAGUAAAGUAAGAAGUGGAAGAGAGCCUGGGAGAGAGAAAGUGUGAUUGCAGGUCUCUCUCUCUCUCUCUGCUCUCUCUCUCUGCUCUCUCCUCUGCUCCUCACUCCUCCUGACUCAAUGGCUCCUUAGCGUCAGAUCUAUCACCAAGUUCCCUGUGACUAGUUCAGUUUGAUGUAAAAGUUUUAAAAAGUCUCACCAAAACCUUGGAAACUAUGGAUAUUCGGAUGAAACGAAGACCUUGGAUCCAAGAGCCCAUAUCCCUCCUGCUAAGUGUUGUGCUCGUCCUGGGCCUAAUUCUGCGGGCACAAGCAGAUCCUGUUGAUGUUUUGCGGGUUCUCCAGCUUCCCUCCCUCCCUGAAGGUGUACAGAAGGUUCCAGGCUUUUGUGUCUCGCAGCGUUCUGGUACUGAUCAUGCCUACCGCAUCAGUAAGAAGGCCCAAAUCUCUGCUCCAACCAAGCAACUCUUCCCAGGUCGUUUCCCAGAGAACUUCUCCAUCAUGACCACAGUGAAGGCCAAGGCUGGGCUUCAAGCCUUCCUGUUGUCCAUCUACAGUGAGCAGGGGGUGCAGCAGCUGGGGCUGGAGCUGGGCCGCUCACCCGUCUUCCUGUAUGAGGACCAGAGCCGCUUGCCCACCCCAGAGAACUACCCGUUAUUCAAAGGCGUCAACCUGGCUGAUGGCAAGUGGCACCGCAUUGCCAUCUCUGUGCAGAAGAAAAAUGUUACUCUUCUCCUUGACUGCAAGAAGCAAAUGACGCGCCCUCUUCCCAGAAGCAACAAACCAGUGGUGGACAACAAGGGCAUCACUGUUUUUGGUAGUCGUCUGUUGGAUCACGAGGUUUUCCAGGGUGACAUCCAGCAGCUGCUGAUUGCCUCCAACCCUCAGGCAGCCUACGACUUCUGUGAGCAUUACAGUCCCAGCUGUGAUUCUCCUCUGCCCAGGAUUCAGGCCCAGGACCCCAACACUUUUGGCAGCAAGACAACCAAACCCAUAUCUCCCACUAAGACAGCCAAAUCUUAUAAAGCAACAGCUAGCGCAGCUAAAUCAGCUAAAGCUAUACCUGCUCCAGCCAAGCAAAAUAAAGUAGGCCUACACUCAACCAAAUCUACCAUGACUAAGCUUGCCAAGACCAGAGUUUUACAUUCUGGCAUUAAGUCGACUGUAUCAGCUAAACCAGGCCCUGAUCUAAAACCCACUGUAGUAGUAAAUAAGAAAUUAAGUAACAGUGGCACAGCAUCUGAAAAUAAAAAGCCUGGUGCUAAAAUUAAAGUAAAUGGAAUUAGCAAUGGCAAGAAUAAAGCUUACAGCAAUGGUAGAAUAAAUAUCAGUGGUAAAGUCAGUGCAAAUGGAAAGGCAGCUGUUAAAGCAAAUGCUUUUGCUAAAGCCAACAGCAGUAACAGAAAGGCACAAGUUGUGAAAAAAACAAAUGCUGGCACUAAAGGCAGUGUCAAAGUAGCUGAAGAGAAAAAGAUAUCAACAGUGAAAUCUAAGAAAGCUUAUGGCACGGUGGAGAAACCUGUGGCCAGCAGGUAUAAAGUAGACAAAGCAGAGACAGAAACAGUUCAAACAGGAGUUUCCAAGCCAAAGGCAAAGAUUUUAGCAAACCGUCUAAUCACCAAACCCAUGCAAAGGAAGACAAAACUCCCAGCUCACACACCUUCUGCAGCCCCUGUCACCAUCACAGAGAAAUCCGUCAAUAGCAUCAAAUCAAUGUCGAAUCAGUCCCCGCCCUUCGACAAGCCUGCAGUCAGUGGCAUCACCAUCUCCACUCCAGAAAAACUCAAGACGAAACCAGCCAAUGGUUAUAAACAGGCUCCUGUGAAAGCCCAGAAGGGAGAGAAGGGAGAGCCUGCUGUCCUAGAAUCUGGCAUGUUGAUUGAGGGACCACCAGGACCAGAAGGACCGACAGGUCUCCCUGGCCCUUCAGGGCCUCCAGGACUGCCGGGCUCUGUGGGUGAUCCAGGUGAAAGGGGUCCACCUGGGAAAGCAGGUCUGCCCGGAGCUGAUGGUGUGUCUGGACCUCCUGGGUCAUCUAUCAUGCUUCCUUUCCGCUUUGGACAGAGUGGUGGGGACAAAGGUCCCGUUGUCUCAGCGCAGGAGCUCCAGGCUCAGGCCAUUCUGUCUCACGCUCGGUCAGCUUUGAUGGGUCCACCCGGGCCAAUGGGUUUUACUGGCCGAUCUGGACCUCUGGGCCCACCUGGCAUCUAUGGUCUGAAGGGAGAGUCUGGAGACCCUGGUCCACAGGGUCCUAGAGGUCCUCAUGGUUUACUUGGUCCUCCUGGUAAAAGUGGCAGAAGAGGCCGACCUGGUGCUGAUGGUGCUCGUGGAAUGCCAGGAGAGCCUGGAGCUAAGGGAGAUCGUGGUUUUGAUGGGUUGCCUGGUCUGCCAGGAGACAAAGGUUAUCGGGGAAAUUCUGGAGGAAUGGGACCACCAGGACCCCAAGGAGAGGAUGGAGAGAGAGGAGAUGAUGGAGAUGUUGGGCCCAGGGGACUCCCGGGUGAACCAGGGCCUCGUGGGUUGCUGGGGCCUAAAGGUCCCUCAGGAAUCCCUGGACCUCCAGGUGUGCGUGGAAGCGAUGGACCUCACGGGCCAAAAGGAAACUUGGGACCUCAGGGAGAGCCAGGUCCUCCAGGCCAGCAGGGAGCUCCAGGAACACAGGGAAUGCCUGGUCCUCAGGGUGCUAUUGGUCCCCCAGGAGAGAAGGGACCUACAGGAAAGCCAGGUCUGCCAGGCAUGCCCGGAGCUGACGGUCCCCCUGGUCACCCAGGAAAGGAAGGCCCAGGUGGAACGAAAGGAAAUCAGGGGCCUAGUGGUCCUCAGGGUGCUAUUGGCUAUCCUGGUCCUCGUGGAGUUAAGGGGAUUCAAGGUAUCCGUGGACUGAAGGGUCAUAAAGGAGAAAAGGGAGAAGACGGUUUUCCUGGAAUCAAGGGAGAUUUUGGUCCUAAAGGAGAAAGGGGAGAGGUGGGAGUGCCAGGCCUCAGAGGCGAGGACGGGCCUGAGGGUCCAAAAGGACGUGUUGGUCCCCCUGGGGAGAUUGGACCACUGGGCCUGGUUGGAGAGAAGGGUAAACUUGGUGUACCUGGCCUGCCUGGCUAUCCUGGAAGACAAGGACCUAAGGGCUCACUUGGUUUCCCAGGAUUCCCUGGUGCAAAUGGAGAGAAAGGUGCAAGGGGUCUAAUUGGAAAAGCUGGACCAAGAGGACUGAGAGGACCAACAGGGCCCAGAGGACAGAGAGGACCUCGAGGGUCUACUGGAAAACCGGGUGCUAAGGGUUCAUCCGGUAGUGACGGCCCUCCUGGACCACCAGGCGAGAGGGGAUUACCUGGAGCUCAAGGAGUAAAUGGAUUUCCAGGACCAAAGGGACCUCCUGGACCUCCAGGGAAAGACGGACUGCCUGGACACCCUGGACAGAGAGGAGAAGUUGGGUUCCAAGGCAAGCCUGGGCCUCCCGGGCCACCUGGAGUUGUUGGACCUCAGGGUCCUUCUGGAGAGACAGGCCCAUUGGGAGAGCGGGGCCACUCUGGACCCCCUGGACCACCAGGUGAGCAAGGCCUUCCUGGCCCUUCAGGUAAGGAAGGAACCAAAGGAGAUCCUGGUCCUCCUGGUGGCCCAGGAAAAGAUGGACCUCCUGGAUUGAGAGGCUUCCCUGGAGAGAGAGGACUCCCUGGAACACCAGGUGGUGUUGGACUGAAAGGAAAUGAAGGCCCAGCAGGACCUCCUGGACCAGCUGGAUCCCCAGGUGAGAGAGGCUCUGCAGGCACAGCUGGCCCUAUUGGCCCCCCUGGAAGACCUGGACCUCAGGGACCCCCAGGAGCUGCAGGAGAGAAAGGAGUGGCUGGAGAGAAAGGCCCAAUUGGCCCAGCUGGUCGUGAUGGCAUUCAAGGCCCAGUUGGGCUUCCAGGCCCUGCUGGACCUCCCGGCGUUCCAGGAGAGGAUGGUGACAAAGGUGAGACUGGAGAGCACGGGCAUAAGGGCGCAAAGGGAGCCAAGGGAGAACAAGGUCCUCCUGGUCCACCUGGGCCGAUGGGUCCUCUUGGACAGCCUGGUGCUCCUGGUGCUGAUGGUGAAACAGGUGCCAGAGGUCAGCAGGGUGCAUUCGGUGCUAAAGGAGAUGAAGGAACAAGAGGAUUUCCUGGUCCUCCAGGUCCUAUUGGCCUACAGGGAUUGCCAGGCUCGGCAGGAGAGAAGGGUGAAACAGGAGAUGUCGGACCACUGGGUCCUCCUGGACCUCCUGGACCCCGAGGCCCAGCAGGUUCUAAUGGUGCUGAUGGUCCUCAAGGUCCUCCUGGUGGUUUGGGUAACCCAGGUCCACCUGGAGAGAAGGGUGAACCUGGUGAAUCUGGACCACCUGGUGUUGGUGGAGAGCCAGGAAAGAAGGGCCCAAGAGGAGAACGUGGUGAGAAAGGUGAGGCUGGACAGCCAGGUACGCCUGGUCCUUCAGGUAGAAAGGGACCCACUGGAGAUGAUGGACCUAAAGGAAACCCUGGUCCUGUCGGUUUCCCCGGUGAUCCUGGUCCCCCUGGAGAAGUUGGGCCUAGAGGCCAAGACGGAGCAAAGGGAGACAGAGGAGAGGAUGGUGAACAAGGAGAGGCAGGUUCUCCAGGACCUCCUGGUGAAAUCGGACCACCUGGGCCUACAGGAAAAAGAGGGCCACCAGGAACAAGAGGACCUGAAGGCCGUGAAGGAGAGAAGGGAAGCAAGGGAAAUUCAGGAGCUGCCGGGGCCCCAGGAAAGACGGGCCCUGUUGGGCCACAAGGUCCUCCUGGAAAGCCAGGAACAGAGGGUCUGAGAGGACUGCCCGGUUCAGUGGGAGAACAAGGUGCUCCUGGCCAACCGGGCGAGAAAGGACCUCCUGGACCCAUGGGUCCUUUAGGUUUGCCAGGUUUGCGUGGUGAAUUUGGUGAUAAGGGUGAAAAGGGACAUUCAGGUAUGAUUGGUCUGAUUGGACCUCCAGGUGAGCAGGGAGAAAAGGGAGACAGAGGAUUGCCUGGCCCUCAAGGAUCUUCUGGGCCCAAGGGAGAAACUGGUAUGUCUGGUGGAACUGGCCCUCUGGGCCCUACUGGUCCUCCUGGUUUGCCUGGCCCAAGAGGUGUUAAGGGAGCAAAGGGUGCUAUGGGCGGAGCUGGUCCCAAAGGAGAGAAAGGUGUACAAGGGCCUCCAGGACCCCCUGGACCUCCUGGUGAUGUCAUCCAGCCCCUGCCCUAUACAAUCCCGAAAAAGUCCAAGCGUUCCAUUGAUGGCAGUAAGAUGCUCUCUCAGGAUGACGAGGCUUCCCCAGCCGAUGCCACAGGUACCGGAUUUCUGACUGGCAACGAAGACAUGGAGGAGAUUUUGGGCUCUCUGAACUCCCUUCAUAUUGAGAUUGAGAGCAUGCGAUUCCCACUUGGAACUAAGGAAAGCCCGGCCCGCACAUGCCACGACCUCCGUCUCAGUCAAUCAGACUACAAAGAUGGUGAAUACUGGAUUGAUCCAAACCAGGGUUGUGCUCGUGACUCCUUUAAGGUUUACUGCAACUUUACAGCAGGUGGAGAGACGUGCCUCUAUCCUGGCAAGGAAGUGGAGAAUGUAAAGAUGAAGUCUUGGCCAAAGGAGACGCCUGAGUCAUGGUACAGCCAGUUUGCUAAAGGAAGCAAGCUUUCUUAUGUGGAUGCUAACGGUGAGCCUGUGGGAGUGGUGCAGCUGGGAUUCCUGCGGUUGCUCAGCAUUCAGGCUCGUCAACACUUCACCUAUCACUGCCACCACUCCGUGGCCUGGACUGAUAACACUGCUGCCAGCAGGUAUCAGAGAGCACUGCGCUUCCUGGCUGCUAAUCAAGAAGAGCUCAGUUAUGAGACCAGUCCCUAUAUCAAGGCACUCACUGAUGGCUGUUCUUAUCGCAAAGGUUAUGGUAGGACAGUUUUGGAGAUAAACACACCUCAAGUUGAGCAGCUUCCUCUCAUGGACAUCAAGAUCACAGACUUUGGGGGAACCAAUCAGAAGUUUGGUUUUGAAGUUGGACCUGUCUGUUUCCUGGGAUAAACUUACAGACAUGCCAAGAACAAAAGGAAUACAAAAUUAGACACAAAUGACACACAAUAACUUGGAUUCAUUCAAAGAUGCAUUUAUUUGGCAUAGAUGUAUAUGCCAGAAUAAAUACAUGUUAAAAGACAAUCUAAGAUGUCGACAUACACACACACACACACACACAGUCAUUGUGAGGCAAAGUAAGUAGAAAUCAAGGGAAAAACAACUCUAAACCAGCUUGAAGGCGAGAUGAAGAUGGAUGGCCAGGUGAGAAAACAGCCCUGAUGAAACACACCUGUAGCAGAACAGAGAAAAGAUCAAUAUGAGACGAGACAUAUUUCCAAGAAGAGCGUUCUGGAACAAGCUGAUGGCCUAAAGGGGCAACGACUACAGCAAAGCACCCCAACUUCUGCUUCUGCCUUUCAGAUCACCUCGUCCUUAUCUUUCCUUCUCACUGUUACUUUUCCCAGGUGUCCUGCUCUACCUCUGUGCUUCAGCCUUCACUUCCGCAAUCCCGUCUAAGCCCUGUGUGAUCACUCCAUCUGAAGUUCAGACAGCGUAAAAAAGUAACUUUUUUGUUUAAGUAAAAUGGAUAAACUGGUAUGUUUCCAUUUAUCCUUUCCAUACUGUAAUAAAGCCGUAUGGCAACAUUUUGUACUGUUUUUUUUCCCCCUUGUUUCUAAUAUAUGCAGUGGAUAUCUGUAAAUUGCAUUGCCUUGUUGUACAUGCCUUGUAGAGUGAUUAAAGCUAGUGUUUUUACAAGUGUUGUGGGCAACCCAUGGACCCAAUAUUAACUCACCAGACAAGAAUUUAUAGCGCUAGUUUGUGUAAUACAAGCUAGCUUAAGCGUGGGCCAUUUGUAGUUAUAUAAAAUGGUAUAUUUUUGCUUUAAAGUGGAAUUCCCUCUGUGUUGUGAAGAUCGUGAGCAUCCUGUCAUUGACAAGUAACUAUGUUAUCUCCAUGUAGGGCUUCAGCAACAAGCUAUUCAGUUCACCAUCCCUAUCCUCUCUUAUUACCUGUUCAUGGUGAAAAUGUGAAUUAGAAACCAUUUGUAUAGAAAUAUUUUAUUGUAUUUAUUUUUCAAAAAGUAAUUAAAACAAGGUGAUCAAGCAGACCAAACACUUUUGCAGUACAAAAUAAAAUGUGGUGUUUCACCUGUA